CUUGACAGCAAACAAACAAACAAACAAACACACGCAGUAGUUUCGAGUUGACAGAAAACUCACUCACAUCAGUGAGAUGGACAUGGUGGAGCGAUGAGGUCUGGCCCCACAUCUUCAUCAUCCUCCUCAUCACAUGACAGAAACUGCAGUCGCAGGAGUCCUGUCUCGCUCCUGCGCAAAGGCCCGAUUCGGACUGUCUGAUCUCGAACCCACAACAGCUGGAUGCUCGGAACAAACCGGAGCUUAAACCAGCCAGGAGAGAACCAGACGCUCGUGCGCGAUAUUCGCUGGCUCUGAUGGUUCUCGUCAGCCUGUGACACUCAGAGACUCCAGCAUCAGCCCUCAGCAUGUCUGCUCUACAGGCGUCAUGGCCGCCGGGCACCGAGUGUGUGGCCAAGUAUAACUUCCAGGGCAGCACAGAGCAAGACCUGCCCUUCUGCAAAGGAGACCUGCUGACCAUCAUCGGCGUAACCAAGGACCCAAACUGGUACAAAGCGAAGAACUCUGUUGGCCGAGAGGGAACGAUUCCAGCAAACUACGCCCAGAAGAGAGAAGGAGUCAAAUCCGGAGGAAAGCUCAGUCUGAUGCCAUGGUUUCACGGUAAGAUCACGCGUGAGCAGGCGGAGCGGCUGCUGUAUCCGCCGGAGACGGGGCUGUUCCUGGCGCGCGAGAGCACUAAUUACCCCGGAGACUACACGCUGUGUGUGAGCUGCGACGGCAAGGUGGAGCACUACCGCAUCAUCUAUCACAGCGGGAAACUGUCCAUCGACGAGGAGGAGUACUUCGACAACCUCAUGCAGCUGGUGGAGGUGUGUGCCUUCCUCGCUGAAGCUUCAGUCAUGACUCAGCUGAGACACACUAACCUGGUGCAGUUAUUAGGGGUGAUCGUGGAGGAACAAGGCAGUUUGUGCAUCGUGACUGAAUACAUGACUAAGGGCAGUCUGGUGGAUUACCUACGCUCUCGGGGCCGGACCGUGUUGGGAGGCGAGUGUCUGCUCAAGUUCUCUCUUGACGUCUGCGAGGCCAUGGAGUAUCUGGAGGCCAAUAACUUCGUGCACAGAGACCUGGCGGCUCGUAACGUCCUGGUGUCCGACGACAACAUCGCCAAAGUCAGCGACUUCGGUCUGACCAAGGAGGCCUCGUCCACUCAGGACACGGCAAAACUGCCCGUCAAAUGGACCUCGCCUGAGGCGCUGCGAGAGAAGAGGUUUUCUACGAAAUCCGACGUGUGGAGUUACGGCGUUCUUCUGUGGGAGAUUUACUCUUUCGGACGGGUGCCGUACCCCAGAAUUCCGCUGAAGGAGGUGGUGCCGCGGGUGGAGAAGGGCUAUAAGAUGGAGGCUCCUGACGGCUGUCCGGCCGCCGUCUAUGACCUGAUGAAGCAGUGCUGGACGCUGGACCCCGCAGGACGACCCUCGUUCCGUCUGCUGCGCGAGAAGCUGCAGCACAUCAGAGCCAAAGAGCUGCACCUGUGAGGACGAUCCAGACCCUCUGCAUCACAAACCAAACCUCUUACUGUGGCUCCACACACUCUUUGUGUACUUGAACGUGGACUGUUGAUCUGGACGCUCUCUCGUGAUCCGUGACGUGAGAGGAGGAACACACUGACGCGGGUGCGUGCGUGCGUGCGUGUGUGUGUGUGAGUGAGAGUGUGUGUGUGAGUGAGAGUGUGUG